UUCAUCUCAAAUGUCAGAAUCAUCUGUUCAGUAAAAAGAACCGAACGGAAUGUGUAGUUCCCGUAGUUCCAGCUAAUAAUCUUUAUUAAUUUUAAAGUUUUUCUGUGCGUAUGAGGAAUGUCAUCCAGCCUGAUGUCGCGUUUCUUGUUGAUUUCAUCCGUCGGAAUCGGUAGCUAUUUCACAGGGUCUUACAUAGAAAGGCAAAAACGUUUAUGCGAUUCUGACGAUUAUGUAAGCGAUGGGAAGGAAUAUCCUAUCAACCGUGUUAAACCGAAGCCGGCUCUUCCUAUAUUCGCCACUGUAUCCGCUGCUUCACCUAUACCGGUGGAGGAGAAGUCCGUCGUGCCAAACAACGUUAGUCGAAUUGCACAAAUAAUGAGGUACGGCUUUCCUGGACUGGAUAAUGUGCGGUCCUAUGACGAUUUUGUUCUAUCUUAUGACCGGAGGACGAGAGUGGCUCAUUGGGUAUUUGAGCAUCUAACGUCCGAAAGAGUCAAACACAACGACGCGGUGGAUCGAUCCAAGUGUGACUUCGCACCAGAUGAAAGUAUUCAUCCGUUCUUCAGAUCGGUGAAUACGGAUUAUAAGGGCUCUGGAUUCGAUCGAGGACAUUUGGCAGCAGCAGGCAAUCACAAAGCCGACCAAAAACAUUGUGAGCAAACAUUCUUUUUGACUAAUAUGGCACCGCAGGUUGGCGUUGGUUUCAACCGGGAUAAAUGGAAUCACCUGGAAAGACACGUGCGAAAGUUGACCAGAGAAUACCCAAACGUGUAUUGCUGCACCGGGCCGCUGUAUCUGCCACGGAAAGAAGCAGAUGGCAAGUUGUAUGUUAAAUACCAAGUUAUUGGUGCCAACAAUGUAGCCGUUCCGACGCAUUUCUACAAAGUGAUCGUAAUGGAAACGGCUGAUAAGCGGCUCGAGAUGGAAUCUUAUGUUCUGCCGAAUAGCAAAAUUGAUAACGAAACGCCACUGAGUAUGUUUCAAGUACCGCCCGAAACGGUUGAAAGAGCUGCGGGAUUGCUGUUUUUCGAUAAAAUUGCACGAACUCAACUGUUUAAAAUCAAUGGGAAGAAGGUGUGAUUAAUUGAUAUUGGCUUACAAUCUGUAUUAUUAUGUUUUUAAUAAAAUAUGACCAAUAGAGAAUUAUUGAAUA